UUGUGGUGAAGUUGUGCAGAAGUUGUCUGGAGAAAGUUGUGCCACCCCGAGUGUGCCAUCGAUUAGUGUUGUAGCAGGGAAAAGAUUAGUGAAAAAAAAUACAAGUCGCUCCCUUCUCUCUAAGGGUGGAUUGCAGAGGUGGCUACUUUUUGUGUGGUUGAAUUGUGUGAUUUUUCCUAGUGCUUAAAAGCUCUACAAACGCACGGUGUGUGUAAUUGUAUUGUAGAAUCCUUUUAAGAGGAGAUUAACUCCGGCGCGUGCUAAAGUGCAAGUGCAGAGAUCUCGAUCUCUGUCUGUGUGAAGUGUCUGUGUGUGUGUGUGUGUGUUUUUCCAUUGUGAACAACUAGUGCGUGUAUAGAAAGGUGCGUCACAGGUGGUGACGCAACGCAUGUGCAGCCUCGGAGCCGCCAGUCGAAUGCGGCCCGUGGCCACGGCCACAAUGGCGGCCGCCAGGGGCGAUGGAGGAGGCGCCAUUAGAAACCGUAACAGCCGGGCAGCCGCAAAGCGUGUCAGUGUGUACGUGUUAGCCAUAUAUGUAGCGUUAGUGUGUAGUGUUAAUGUGGCCGUCGUGGCGGGCAAGCACCACCAUCACCAUCAGGGCGGGCAGCAGGAGUUUAAGUUCGAUCCAACAAACAGCUUUAUCAGCUUAGUGCUGCCACACGACACAUAUCCCGGGUACAGCAUCCAGAAGUUUACCGCCAACUUUACCGGCCCGAACGCACCGUUCUCGUCGAUCUCGUCCUACUCGUCCAAGCCGCUCAACUACCGGCUGCUCGAGACGGACUACUCGAAGUACUUUACCGUGCUGGAGGACGGGCUGGUGAUGACGACGGCCGACCUGUCGCCGCUGGUCAACCGGCCGGUGAAGCUGGUCGUGCUGGAGGAGACGCCCAACUCGACCGCAACCCAUCAGCUGCAGCUGUACGUGAUGAACCGGAAGGACAUGCUGCACUUCCCGACCAUGCUGACCGAUGUGGUGGGUCAGCUGAGCGAGAACAAGGACGGCGGGACGCGGGUGCGCGACAUACCGCUGCUGCAGGCUAAUUCGGCCCGCGGCGCCAAGACGGUCAUCUACAGCAUCGUUGGCGGAAACGAGGACGAUGCGUUCGCGCUGGAAGAUAGCAGCACGGGCACGAUCGGCAUAACGAUACGCAUCGACGAUCCGCGCAAGCACGGUGUGUGGCUGGUGUCGGCCAAACCGCUCGACCGAGAGCACCGGGAACAGUACACGCUUGCAAUCGAGGCGACGGAUACGAAGCGCAUCAACAAGGCGGAAGUGCACCUUCCGGUACACAUUACCGACGUCAAUGACAAUCGGCCGGUGUUUGGCAAGCCGGACUAUCGCUUCACGGUGACGGGCGUGAAGGCGACCACGCCGGCCGGCAACGAAACCGUCACCUGGGAACGGUUCACCAGUGUCGGGCGGGUCGAGGCGAAGGACGCCGACGGGGACAAGGUAGCGUACCGGCUGACCAGCCCCAGCAACACGGUCGUGAUUGUGCCGCAAACGGGCGAGCUGCUGCUCGCCGGCGAACCCGACGCACCGGAGCUGUUUGUCGACGUGGAGGCGCACGAUCUGCGCACGCCGAGCCUGAAGAGCGAGAAGCCGGCCCGCGUGCUGGUCGAGUUUGUGGCGCCCGAUCCGCUGCCGGUGAUACUGCAGCAUUCGGGGCACGAGUAUCAGCACUCGCACCGGCGGGACAAGCGGCGCGUUACGCGUGCCGUGCGGCCUACCAAGCGCAUCGAGUUCACCGAAGCGGACGGCGACACCGAGGGGCGUAACGUGUUCCAGCUGGAGAAGGAAACGGACCGCGAGACGUUUAAGAUACGCGACGAAAACCCUUGGGUGACGGUCGAAACGAAUGGUGCGGUGCGCGUGAAGAAGAAGUGGGACUACGAGGAGCUCGGGCCGGAGAAAACGAUCGAUUUCUGGGUGAUCAUCACCAAUCAGGGUCACAACGCUGGCCUAAAAUAUACCGACAAUCAGCGCGUAAUAAUUCACGUGAAGGAUGUGAACGAUGAGCCGCCAUACUUUAUCAACCGUCCGCUGCCGAUGCAGGCGGUAGUACAGCUGAAUGCUCCACCCAACACGCCCGUGUUCACGCUGCAGGCACGCGAUCCCGAUACCGAUCACAACAUACAUUACUUCAUCGUACGUGACCGUACCGGCGGUCGGUUCGAGGUGGACGAGCGUUCCGGUGUCGUGCGGACGCGCGGUACCGACCUGUUCCAGCUGGACAUGGAGUACGUGCUGUACGUGAAGGCGGAGGACCAGAACGGCAAGGUGGACGACCGGCGGUUCCAGAGUACGCCCGAGGAGCGGCUAUCGAUUGUCGGUGGCAAGCGGGCGCCCCAAUUCUACAUGCCAAGCUACGAGGCGGAAAUUCCGGAAAACCAGAAAAAGGACUCGGACAUCAUUUCCGUGAAGGCAAAAUCGUUCGCCGAUCGGGAGAUUCGUUACACGCUGAAAGCUCAAGGCCAGGGCGCUGGAACCUUCAAUAUUGGACCUACGUCGGGCAUUGUGAAGCUGGCGAAGGAGCUAGAUUUUGAGGAUCUACGUCAGCCGCACGUUUACUCGCUGGUCGUUACCGCAACGGAAGAUUCGGGUGGUUUUUCCACCUCGGUAGAGCUAACGAUUCGCGUUACGGACGUAAACGACAAUGCGCCCAAGUUCGAGCUGCCCGACUACCAGGCACACAACGUCGAUGAAGACAUUCCGCUCGGAACGAGCAUCUUGAAGGUGAAAGCCAUGGAUUCGGACUCGGGCGCAAAUGCUGAGAUCGAGUAUCUCGUGUCCGAUGACCACUUUGCCGUCGAUUCGAACGGCAUCAUCGUGAACAACAAGCAGCUGGACGCGGAUAACAACAAUGCGUACUACGAGUUUGUCGUGACCGCGAAGGAUAAGGGCGAACCGGCCAAGACUGGCACGGCUACCGUGCGUGUGUACACCAAGAACAAGAACGACGAGGAGCCAAAGUUCAGCCAGCAGGUGUACACACCGAACGUGGACGAAAACGCGGGCCCGAACACGCUCGUGACGACGGUGGUCGCGUCGGACAAGGAUGGUGACAAUGUGCGGUUCGGGUUUGUCGGGGGCGGCACGAGCAGCGGCCAGUUCGUGAUCGAGGAAAUCACGGGCGUCAUCCGGCUGCACAGCAAGGCGAUCUCGCUCGAUCGGGACAAGUAUGAAUUGAAUGUGACAGCUAUGGAUGAUGGGUCGUGCUGCGUCAACGGUGACGCGACGAUUCAUACAUCUACAGCUGUUGUCGUUGUGUUCAUCACCGAUGUGAACGACAACAAGCCGGUGUUUAAGGAUUGCGGCACGUACUACCCGAAGGUGGAGGAAGGUGCGCCGAACGGGAGCCCCGUCAUAAAGGUGCAGGCCACCGACGAGGAUAAGGGUGUGAACGGACAGGUGAAAUACUCGAUAGUGCAGCAGCCAAAUCAGAAGGGUACCAAGUUUACCGUGGACGAAGAAACGGGCGAGGUGUCCACGAACAAGGUGUUUGAUCGUGAAGGUGACGAUGGCAAGUUUGUUUCCGUUACGGUGAAAGCAACCGAUCAGGGUGAACCCAGCCUGGAAGGUGUCUGCUCCUUUACGGUCGAAAUUACGGACGUCAACGACAAUCCACCACUGUUCGAUCGACAGAAAUACGUUGAAAACGUAAAGCAAGAUGCAAGCAUCGGUACAAACAUUCUACGCGUGUCCGCAUCCGAUGAAGAUGCAGAUAACAACGGUGCUAUCGUGUACACUUUAAGCGCACCCCACAGCCCCAACGAUUUGGAGUAUUUCGAAAUUCAGCCGGAAUCCGGCUGGAUUGUGUUGAAGAAGCCGCUCGACGGUUGCUACUCCCGUGAACGGUACCGGCUGAAGGUGUACGCCUCGGAUAGAGGCGACCCGCCGUCCACUGCCGACGUGGACGUAGAGCUCGAUGUGGUCGAUCGGAACAAUAAGCCACCGAUCUGGGAUCGCACUAUAUAUGGCCCCAUUCACAUUAGGGAAAAUGUCACUGUCGGUACGGUAGUCACAUCGGUGAAAGCAAGCUCGGGCAUUGAGGGUAAUCCGACGGUAUUCUAUCGGCUUAUGCCCGGCUCGACCGCACAGACGAACAAGUUGCACACGUUCUAUCUGCAGCAAAGACCGGACAACGGCGAUACGUGGGCCGACAUCAAGGUGAACCAUCCGCUGGACUUUGAAACGAUCAAGGAGUACAAUUUGACCGUCCGUGUUGAGAACAACGGCGCCCAGCAACUUGCAUCGGAAGCGACUGUUUACAUACAAUUAGAGGAUGUAAACGACGAAAUACCGCUGUUUACCGAACGUGAACAGGAAACCGUCCUCGAGGGCGAACCGAUCGGUACGAAGGUGACACAGGUGAAUGCAAUCGAUAAGGACGGUACCUUCCCGAACAAUCAGGUAUACUACUACAUCGUCGAUUCGCCUCGAAACGAGGGCAAGGAUUUCUUCGAAAUCAACCUGCAGAGCGGCGAAAUAUUCACCAAAGUUGUGUUCGAUCGUGAGAAGCAGGGUGCCUACGCUCUGGAAGUCGAAGCACGUGACGGAGCACCAUCCGCCCGGCCUAAUAGCAAUCAGCAGCCCAAUUCAGUCACCAAGUUCAUCCGUAUCGGCAUUGCUGACAAGAAUGACAACCCACCGUACUUCGACAAAGCGCUUUACGAGGCGGAGGUUGAUGAAAACGAAGAUAUACAGCAUACCGUGCUCACCGUCACCGCCAAGGAUCACGAUGAGUCGUCGCGUAUUCGAUACGAGAUCACGAGCGGUAACAUAGGCGGUGCCUUCGCCGUCAAGAACAUGACGGGCGCUAUCUACGUCGCCGGCGCCCUGGACUACGAGACGAGGAAACGAUACGAACUUCGUCUCGCAGCAUCGGAUAACCUGAAGGAGAACUACACCACCGUCGUGAUUCACGUGAAGGACGUCAACGAUAAUCCGCCCGUUUUCGAGCGGCCAACGUACCGGACGCAGAUUACCGAGGAGG